CUCCUCCUCCCCCGCCCGCCGCCUUUUCCCCGCCACCACCGCUGUCCGCUCGCCCGGCUCAGCCCUGCGGAGUUCGGGGUGGCGGCGCCCCGGCGCCGGCCAUGGCCGUGCCAGCCGCACUGCUCAGCCCCCACCACCUCCUCUCCUUCUGCUUCCCCGCCGCUGGCGGCCUCCUGGGCUAUGCCGACCUGGAGAAGGGCUAUGAGGGCGGCGGAGGAGAUGCGGAGGACUUUAAAGAAGCCACCAGGGACCUGCUGAGCUUCAUCGACUCGGCCUCCAGCAACAUCAAGCUGGCGCUGGACAAGCCGGUGAAGUCCAAGCGGAAGGUGAACCACAGAAAGUACCUGCAGAAACAGAUCAAGCGCUGCACCGGCAUCAUCGCCGCCGCUCCGCCGCCACCACCCGCUCCGCUCCCGCCGGCCGCCGCUUCCUCUUCCCCUCCCGCUGCCUGCCCCGCCAAGCCCCCGCCGCGCCGGGAGGCCUCGCAGGCGGCCAGCAGCCUCCAGAGCAAGAGCCUGGCGGCCCUCUUCGGCUCCCUACAGCAGGGCCGAGGGCCGGCGGGCAGCGGCGGAGAAGCGGCGGGCGGCGGAGCGGUGGGAGGCGGCGGCGGAGCUACGGGCGGCCCGCGGAAGGUGCCGCUGCGGGACCGUAACCUGCCGCCCUCCUUCUUCACGGAGCCGGCGUUGCCUCCGGCUGCCCGCGGGCCGCCGCCGCCAGCCAAGGAGCUUGAGAAGGGCGGCGGUGGAAGCGGCGCAGAGACGACCGAGUUCUUCGAGCUACUGGGCCCCGAGUACGGUGCGCUGCUGCCCGAGCACGCCGCUCCGCCGGACGCCUUCCCUGGAGGCGGCACCCACCGCCUGCCAGCCGAGCUGGGCCUGGAGCACGGCCUCUACGAGUCGCCGCUGCCGCUGCCCGCCGCCCACCACCCGCUGCUGGGCGGGCUGCUGUAUCCCGAGCCACCCUGGAGCCCGGCCGGGCCCUGCAGCCCGCCCAAGAAGGCGCCAGCCGAGGCGCUGCGCCCACUCUACCCUGGCGGCGGGGAGCCAACCCCCGGCGGCGGCGGUGAGGAGCCCGGCGGGCACCUCUCGGCUGGGUUCGCCCCCUUCUUCCCCGAAUGCUCGCUGCCGCCGCCGCCGCCGCAGGUGUCUUACGACUACAGCGCCAGCUACCACCGCUCUGCUUUCUCUGGCCUGUAGGACCACGCCGAGGGUCUCGGCCCCCGCCCCGAACCGCUCCGCCCGGGACGAUGAAACGCAGGGAAGGGGGAGCCAGCCCGGCCCUGGGGACCUGAGAGACGCUCCGAGUAGAGCGGGGGCCUCCCAGCGCUCACUCCCGGGCAGCAGGCUCCGCUCGCCCCACCAAAAGUCUGUCUGUGUCCCACCCGAAAUCACAGCCACGGCUCCCGCAGGAUUCCCCCUUGUGCUCCACGAGCUGCAUCCUCCUGCGGUUUGGGAGACGCUACAAAGAAACAGUGAAAUGAUGCGUUACUUCAGGUGUUUGUCUAGCGGCCGGUGACUGCCUUUCCUUAGCCUUCCCUAGGGGUCGGAUGCUGUCUUACUGUAGGCGGACGCGGCUCGGUGUACCUGUCUUACGCGACCUUGCAGCGGGGGCUGCUCUUGAAGGCAGCCGUGACCACUUGUACAUUAUUUCAGUCUAAAACUGCCCACUCCUGGGGGGCUUUUACCAUUCCUCCCCGGCUCGUGUGCAUCGCAACUGCUGGCGGGCGCUCAGCUGAGGACACAAAGGCGAGUUGAGAAUGUCAAGUGAAGCAAAAUCUAAAAUGCUGCUACCAAAACUUAGUGUCCUGAAGCGUAACAGUGUCCCGCAGCACCUUGCAAACGGCAGUUUACAGCGGUACCUAAGUUAAUUGAUGGCGUAAGAUGGGGACAAAAACGUACUGUAGCCACUGCAGCGAUGUGAUUCCUACAGACCCGCUGGAUUUCUUCCAGGAAUGUGUCAAAGCUCGGAAAACAGCGCGGCUCGGUCUCAUUGUGUACAGGAGAUUAUUUGAUAAUCAUUUAAGUUAUGUAAAAGAGUCUAUGAUAGGUCCUAUAAAAAUAAAGCGACACAAUAGUUCUAA